AUGACAGAAAAUAAUUCCGGAUCGACACCUGCAACUACCUUCACACAACCAACAACAAGUAGAAUAAGAAAAAAUGCUUCUAGGUCUAGAACAGAUCCUGGUUGGCUGCAUGGUAAAGAUUUGGGUAAUCGAAAGGUGCAGUGUACAUUUUGUGAUUCUAUAAGCACCGGUGGGAUAUUUAGAUUCAAGCAUCACUUAGCUCGCACACGUAAUAAUGUCUUAGCUUGUGAAAAGGUUCCUGAAAAUAUUAGGGUACAAUUCGCUCGUUUGUUGGAAGACAGUGAUACAACAACAAAGAAAAAGAGAGGCGUAUUUUCAAUCGAUGAAGAUGACGAGGCCUAUGAGAGGAAUGUUAGAGGAAAUAACUUGAAGAAUUUUGUUUCAAAAAAAGGAAAAGUUCAAAAAACAUUGAAUACAAUUUAUAAGAAGGAUGAACGGGAAAGAGUUUGCCAACAAAUUGCAAGGUUUUUCUACACGAGUGCCAUCCCCUUUAAUUGUGUAAAAAACCCCGAGUUUCAUAAAAUGAUUGAUAUGGUUGGUGAAUCUGGAAGAGGCCUUAAUCCUCCUUCUUACCAUGAAAUACGAGUUACAUUGUUGAAAAAGGAAGUUGAUUACACCAAGUCAUUAGUGGAAGAUAACAAAAGGGAGUGGAAAAAGACUGGUCGCACAUUAAUGAGUGAUGGAUGGAGUGAUCGGAAAAACCGAUCGAUAUGUAAUUUUCUUGUAAACAGUCCUAGAGGGACCAUCUUUUUAGCAUCAAUCGACACAUCUAAUAUUAUCAAGACAAAAGAACAUGUAUUUGCAAUGUUAGAUGACUUCGUUGAAAAAAUAGGAGAGGAAAAUAUUGUUCAAGUAGUGACAGAUAAUGCUGCAAAUUAUAAGGCAGCUAGAGAAAUGUUAAUGAAAAAGAGGAAGAAACUUUUUUGGACACCAUGUGCACCUCAUUACAUUGAUCUAGUGUUGGUGGAUUUUGAAAAAAAGAUUGAAGAACAUAAGGAAACCAUCACAAAAGGAAGAAAAAUAACAAGCUUCAUCUAUAAUAGGUCACGAUUGAUUUCUAUGCGGAAAGAAUUUACAAAAGGGAAAGAACUCCUUAGACCUGCAGCAACAAGAUUUGCCCCUACUUAUCUUACACUUGGUCGUUUGUUUGAAUUGAAAGGCGCUUUGAUCUCGAUGUUUGCUUCCAAAAAAUGGUUGUCUACUAACUAUGCAAGAAUUGAUGUUGGAAAGAAUGUUGAGGAUAUAAUUAUGGAUCAUCAAGGAUUUUGGCCAUCAGUUGUGACGUGUCUAAAGGCCGCGAGUCCUCUAAUGAAGGUUCUUCGUUUGGUUGAUUCAGAUUCUAAACGAUCCAUGGGUUUCAUUUACCAAGACAUGGUAAAUGCAGAAAACAAAAUUAAAUCAAACUUUAAAAAUGUCCAGACAAGGUAUGAACCCAUCCAUGAGAUCAUUAACGAAAGAUGCUAUAAUCAACUUAAUAAGGUGCUCGAUGUGGCGGGUUAUUUCUUGAAUCCAAUGAUGCAAUAUAACUCUGACUUUGAGAAUACAGGAUGGAUUAAAGGUGGAUUAUACAUGUGCCUGGAAAGAAUGUGUGGUGAUGAUGAGAACCUAGCAAAGACGAUUGAUUAUCAAUUUGAUCAAUUCACUAAUGCAAGAGGGCUAUUUGGUUUUAAUGUAGCGAAAUUAACAAGAAAAGAAAAAACUCCAGUUGAUUGGUAG